UAUACCCCAACUCCCAAGGUCCUAAAGAUAAUUUUGAAAAUUAUUCAAAAUAUUUUUGGUUUCUAUUAACAUUUUUGUGGCCACGAAAAAAAGUUAUUAAUAAUACUGAAGAUAUGAGUCCUUUCCUUCGUGUUAUUCAUGAAGAGAAUGGUUAUGAAAUCUAUCGGACACCUACAAUUAUGGCAGUAUUGGAUUUUAAAUGGUCAGCUGCCCGAUCAGUGUUAUUACCGUUAGCAGAUAGUAUAGUUGGUAUUUCAUUUGAUCAACAAAUGCAUACUUCUGCAUUUAACUCUGUUUUAGCGUUUACAAUUUUAGUAUUGUGGCUUGAAUUG